AUGUUCAAGAUUGAUUUUGAAAAAGCGUAUGAUCACAUUAGUUGGGGCGUUUUAGAUUCGAUACAGGAGCAAAUGAAUUUUCAUGUGAAGUGGAGAAGGUGGAUUAUGGCGAUCCUUUCGUCCGCUAGGUCCUCUGUCCUAAUGAAUGUGUCCCCUACUUUUGAGUUCCAGUUUCAGAGAGGCAUGAGGCAGGGGGAUCCCAUAUCCCCGUUUCUGUUCAUCAUUGGUAUGGAAGCUUUCUCGUUCAUGAUGUCAACAUCAACGAAUGUUGGUCUUUUCAAUGGCUUUCAAAUGCCGAAUAACGGUCCAUUAGUGUCCCAUCUUUUAUUUGCGAAUGACGCGCUCCUCAUUGGAGAAUGGUCGAAAGCAAAUAUAGAGAAUAUGGUGCGGUUAUUAAGAUGUUUUCAUCUUGUUUCCGGGCUGCAAAUCAACUAUGGGAAAUCUAAUCUUCAUGGAGUGGGAGUUAAUGUUGAGGAGGUCACGACAUUUACAUUCCUUUGGAGGCUGGUGGAUUGGGGCUAA